GUGGAAGAGAACGAAUGCGCUCGACGACCCUGUCUCAAUGGUGGGGUGUGUAUGGCCUUCUUUGACUCCUAUGCUUGUCGCUGUCCUGUUGACUUUUCUGGACGCCACUGUGAACGCUCUCUCGCCUUUUCACCCUGCUCAAACCAAACCUGUCAGAACGGUGGUUACUGUGCAGGCGGAAGUAUUGUAGAGGAAUGUCACUGCCCUCCCGGAUUUUACGGCCGCUACUGCGAGGUGACAUUAAACCUCUGCCACCAACUCCUCGAGUCCAAUCUCAACUCCGACACAAAUAGUGUCAGCAGCCUAGGCCGCCUUUUAGGGAGCAAGCACACACUUUCCCUUACUGCCGCCACAACAGCAUUCCUCGCAGACACUGCAAUGGCGGCGUCGACGACAGCAGAAAUGCUGAACUCGUUGCAUCUUUCCCGUACCACCUUAGGUCCCUGCUACCCUCCAGGGACUCUUCAAUGUGUACCACAGCGCACCACCGGGGGCUUUGUGUGCCAAUGCCGUCACGGCUUUGAGGGACGUUACUGCGAGCAGUGGAGGGAUUUCUGUGCCGAGGCCAGCCUUCGGCUUGCUGGUGGAGGGAACGUCUGCCUUAACGGUGGCCAUUGCAUGAAUCGACCCCAAGGCCUUGAAACGUCUUCUUCUUCCUUCACCUAUUCCAAGGAGGAAUUUUUCGUUUGUCAGUGUGUUGCCGGAUUCAGCGGUCCACGCUGUGAACUACGUACACCUAGCUGUGAUGAUGUCAAUGUCUGUCAGAAUGGUGGAGUUUGCAUGGGCGAAGGUAGCCGACUCAAAUGCAUCUGUCCUCGAGGUCUUGGAGGGACUUACUGUGAGGUGGAUUUAAUGGACGAGUGUGCACACGCUGGAAAUUGCCUGAAUGGGGGUAAUUGCAUCGAUGGUCUCGGAAACUAUACCUGCGAGUGUCCACCUGACUACUGUGGGGAACGUUGUGAGCUUAGUGGAUUCGCAUGUGCCUUGGAAGCCAGCACAGAUCCUAAGCGCUGGCCCGGAGAAGCAGCUGAAGCUCGACUCUGUGAAUUGGCUGAAUGUAAACGCAAGGCGCAUAACGGGCGCUGUGAUCCUGAGUGCGACAGAUUUGCUUGUGGUUUCGAUGCUGGCGAAUGCCUCUAUUCGACGCAAUCCACCGCUAUUCCACUCACCUCUUAUGAGAACAAGCUGAUCAAGGCUUUACCUUGGACAAACUGCACUGCUAUUCAAGAGGAAGGAAUACCUUGCCAUCUCCGGUUUGGUGAUGGGAAAUGCGAUCCCGAGUGUGAUUCUGAAGCCUGCUUAUUUGACGGCUGGGACUGCCGUGAUGAACCAUUUCAAACACAUGUUGGUCGAACAUUUUCCCGGAUGCACUCUCAAACGGGACCCAAGAAACCGGUAGAGGGGAGCCUUAUCCUCCUUUUUGCUAUUCCUCCCUCCCAGUUACUUCCAGAAAACGGGACUAAGCGCAAUCUAGAACGGCAAAUUAUCGAUGGUUUAAAAGCGCUUCUGCGGGUGACUCUGCGCAUUCGAAAGCAACCGAAAACAGGUGCUCCUAUGGUCUACCCAGUGCCUCUAACCACUACUCAUUUGACCACUUCAAGAAUUGGCUCUCAGAAGGGCCCCCUUUGGUUCCUUCAUGAGACGGGCAGUGGAGUCAAUGUCUCCAUAAGCCAGUUUAUUAUCGACCAGGAGACAAGAGGAUGGCAGUCAUCAAGUGCAAUUACCAGACUGGGCGAGUUGCUUACCCAGCUCACUGCACUAUCGAGCUCUUCGGUAAAAUCUAUUAGUCCAGUUGUUAGACGACGUCGGGAGAUUCCUGAGACAAGGAUUGGAAGUCGAGUAUUUUUCGAAGUCCAGGAUGCUGGCUGUCAGUCACUUGGUAGGCAAUUGAUAAGUGGUGUGAAUAAUUUGGGCAUACCUGCAAUAUACGGUGAGGGUUGUUUCCAUAAAGUGGAGACAGCAGCGCAAUUCAUUUCCGCCGCCCUUCGAACUCGUCGAUACACACCGCCGGUAGAUAUUUUAGCCGUAGAAACAGCAUCACCAGAGGCGCUACAACAGAUUCUUUCCGAGAACUCGUUAGGUGACGGUCAUGGUGACACCGUAUUUCAGGGGCUGAGAUUGCCUGGAACUCUGGUCUAUUGGAUUAUCGGUCUCAUUUGCGGUCUAAUUUUGGUCUCCCUUAUUGGCGUUCUUUAUGGUAUCAUGCAACGUCGGGCGCAGGCUCAAGAUAUGGAACCUGGUUCCGGCUAUGGACAGAAGAAUCUCAUCAAAAAGAUUAAGACAACAUCCAUCUGGUAUCCUCGUAACUCCGCUUUGCGUGAGGGCAGACAUCAACAGGGCAGUGGUGGUGGCGGAAGCAGUGGAAUAUUCGGAGGCUUCACGACUCUUGCAGGUGGUGGGACGACCACCACUUCACCCACGUUGGGCAUCCACGCCCGCUCUCGUGCCAUUGCAACACCGCACAGCUCUCAUCUGCCUUUAUGGUCACGAGAACGUGCACUCGCUGUGGUCAGUGAAAAAAUGGCUAUGCGCUCCUCUCCUUAUCCCCUACCACCGGCUCCACCCUCCACAUCAGCGGGAUUUUCACAAGUUUGUGCUACUAAUGUCGACGGAAGUGUGGUUACUGCAGCGGAUAUAUCGUCGAGUACACCAUUGCUGAUGGCCACUGCUAAUCAAAUGCCGCAGAUAGACGUUAAAGCCUAUUUUAUGAGUCUCAUGGGGCAUUUGGUGAGCGGUGAUGGUCUUACAGAACCCUUCAAUGAAGGGCUUAUGCAGAAAUUGGAGUAUUUGCGCAAUAUCGAGAUGCAUCAGUCGGAUGCACCCGCAGUAUACCACAGUGGUAGUGGUUCUGGAAGCACUGGUCAGAGACCUGGGAAACGAUCUCACGGCCAUUCUCUCUUGGCUCAACUGUUGUCCAGCACUUUACCAGAUACAGGAGAGACACUACUUCAUCUGGCAGCUCGCUAUAAUUGUGCAAGCGCGCUUUCUGCACUACUGGAUGCAGGCGCGGAUCCGUUUGCUGCGGAUGCACAGGGCAACAGUGUUCUUCUCACAGCUGUUAAUGCCUCCGCUGUGGACGCUGCACGUGCCCUUCUUGUAUCUAGUCAAGUUGCUGCCGAUUUCCCACGUCUCUUUGUCGCUUGUCCUACUGAGGAUAAAACUACUGCGCUUAUUCAAGCUGUUAAAGUGGCUGAUAUUGAAAUGGUUGAGUUGUUGCUGCAGUCAAUGGCUAGCCUAAUGCCUGAACCAGCACCAUUGCCCAUGGUUCCACCUGGAACUGGAAUGAGUAGCUAUUCCUCCUCUUUGAUGCAAAAUCGACGUCCUACGGCACUCGAUCCUAGACUAAGCUACCCGCGUCUCUAUUCUACCACUACUCCGUCCAGCACCACUACCACUCCUACAACAUCAGUGAUGAACGCUGGGAAUGCAGAGGAGGCUGCUGGUGGUGGUGGCCUAUCAGCCAAUUCAUUUGGUGUAAAUGCUGCCGAUGGAGAGGGUCGCACCGCUCUUCACUGGGCUGCGGUAACGGAGCAACCGGCGAUGGUGCAACUGCUUCUUCGCGCUGGUGCCUCUCACGACGUUCAGACUAUGCACGAGGAAACGCCACUUACUCUGGCCGCUCGUGAGGGUUCUGUGGAGGCCUGUUCUAUGCUUCUCGCUGCUGGUGCCAACGUUGAGAUUGCAGACUAUCUAGACCGCACACCUCGGCAACUAGCGGCACAAAAUGGACAUACAGAAGUGGUACAACUCCUGCAGGUUUAUUCCUCUGCUUCACAACCCCUAAAUCCUCACCCGCCACAGCCUUCAUCGAACGCCGCCCAACAGCAACCUUACGUCCGACGUACCGCUCCUUAUCCUCAACCGACCUUCUUCCAACAAGCAAACCCUCCUCGAUACUAUCGACCCCCUCCUGUUACUUCAGUUGUGAGGAACGUCUACUCCGACGGUCCCGUUUAUGAAAAGCGUAAUAAGUACGAGCCCCCAGACUAUUCUAUCUGUAGUGGAGGGGAGAGUUUCUUAAUGCAGCUGGCGCCAACCACUACAAUGACCGCAACUACAACGAAUAGUAGCGGCAGCAGUUCCACAGCUGUCACCACAACAACCACCUCAACAGCGCCAAGUGAUGAGAGGGACAUUAGUGCUCUCACCACAUCAAAGGCGUAUUUUUUUGACCAACCACCGCCACCACAACUUUCAGGACUGGAGAGCCUGACACAAUCUUCAGCUGGUGGUGGCGGUGGGUAUGGUAGCACAGACGCGAGUUGGACUGUGCGUGGUCAGUCGUCAAUGUCUGUAGGAGCGGCUGGAACGAUGAAUGGCCACACUCCGAGUUCGGACACAGAGUCACCGGCACAUUGGUCGUCGCCCAGUCCAACGGCUAUUUCACCGCCUUUGGCACCUCCGAAGAUGACGGUGGCAAAUCCAGGCCAAUAUCAGGUAGUGCGGAACUCCACAAAUAACAGCACUGCCUGCUGCCCCAUCGGUCACCAUACAAGCUACGCUUCGAUCCAGCCAGCCACCUCUGGCAGUGUUCAUAGCGUGUUCUACGCUCCGUCGGCAGUGGCGGAUGAUGGCAUCAAAUUGGAACCACAGGCGUAUUGA